GUCCUCUGAGUCAGGGCGCGCGUCGUCAGUCUGUCGACGGUUCGCGCGGCUGCAAGGCGGUCUCGUCCGCCGCGACGCGAUACGGGGGUACUAUCGCUCGCCUUCGUCCGGGCGAACGUGACGCGAUAAAGUAUUCCCAGCGACCGGCCGGCCCGUCCGCGGCGCGCGAUACGGCCGGCUGUGUGCGGUGAUCGGUGAAGGGGGCGAGCGAUCGACGCCGCCGCCGUGUCUUCACGAAUGCCUGACAGGACUGCGCGCGAGGCGGCUCCACCGCGAUGUCGCGUCGGCCUCCGCGCUGCUGCCUCCUCCGCCUCUGCUGCUGCGGCUGGCGCCGGUGGAGGCUGCCGGUCAGUGGGCGCCGCGAGGCCGGCGUCGCAGAAGAAGGACGCAGAGGACGAAGAGGAGGGACGGGGCUGCCAGCGGCCACGGGCCUCGCCGAUGCCGCCUGCGCGCUGCUGCUCUUCCUGCUCGUCGCCGUCGUCCAGUCCGCUACUUCGGACGAUGUGCAGGACUUCCAGAAGAUCCUGCCGGCGGAGGUGGUGUGGGCGGUGAGUGGAGAAGACGCAGAGCUGCCUUGUAACAUCACUCCUCCGUAUCCAGAUGACCGCGUCAACAUGGUACUCUGGUUCAAGGAUUCGUCCGUCCCUCUUUAUAGCCUCGACGCCCGUGGGUCCAGCCUGGAGGAGGCGGUGCACUCGGCCACCACGGACGACCUGGGAGCGCGAGCCAACUUCCAGGCGCUGUCCAGGCUGCCCGGUCGGCGAGCUGUGCUGCGCGUGCAGAACGUCAGUGUGGCGGACGAGGGCGUUUUUCGCUGCCGCAUCGACUUCCGGAACUCGCCCACCGUCAACUUCCGGAUCAACCUCACCAUCGUCGUGCCACCUUCGCCGCCUGCCAUCUUCGACUCCAACGACCGAGAAGUGAGUGCCAUUGCAGGGCCAUUUCUCGAGGGUUACGAUCUCUUCCUUGCCUGCAAGGUCCGUGGAGGCCGGCCCAGACCAGAGGUGACGUGGUGGCAGGGCGGGCUCCUGCGCGACGCCUCCAUCGACCUGGUGACGGACGCGGUGACCGUCAACCGGUGGUUCGUGUCGAGCGUUCCGCGCUCGCUGUGGAACAGCCACGUCGAGUGCCGCGCCGCCUCCUCCAGCCUCAUGCGGCCGCUCGUCAAGAGGGUCCACCUCGACGUCUACCUGAAGCCGCAAGGAGUCCGCCUGACGUCCCAGGAGAUGCUGCUGUCGGCCGGCAAGCCGUACACCAUGGAGUGCGAGACCUGGGGGUCGGUGCCGCCUGCCAGGGUCACGUGGAUGCUGGACGGCGAGCAGCUGCGCAGCCCGCAGAUGCAGGUGGAACAUCUGGGCAACGUGACGGUGAGCCGGCUGGUGCUGCGGCCCCGGGUUCAUGACCAGCAGAAGGAGCUGGCGUGCCGCGUGGAGAACCCGUACUUCCCGGGCGGGAUACUGGAGGACCGCCGGCGCCUCUUCAUCGCCUACCCGCCAGCUGUCUCGGUGAGGCUGGAUUCCGACACGGGGCAGACGAUUUUCAAAGAAGGGGACAACGUGAGGCUGACGUGCGAGGUGAACUCAAACCCGCAGCCGGACACCGUCAGCUGGUUCCACGAGGACCGCCUGCUGCGCAACGACAGUUCGUUCAGCGUGGUGACGUCACUGAGGACGCUGCUGCUGCUAGGCGUGACGCGCGCCUCCAACGGCGACUACUCCUGCGCCGCCGCCAACUCGGAGGGGGAGACGCGGAGCGCGCCGCUCCGGCUCAGGGUCCAGUACGCGCCGCGGUGCCGGCCGGGCCACGAGGAGGCGCGCGUCGGCGCCGUGCGGCACGAGGCGGUGUCGGCGCUGUGCGAGGUGGACGCCGACCCCGGCGGCGAGGCGGUGCGCUUCAGCUGGACGCUGCAGCGCGGCCGCGACGUGCUGCCUCUGCCCGCCUCCCGCGCCGCGGCGCGCGGCGCCGCCUCCGAGCUGCGCUACACGCCCGCCGCCGAGACCGACUUCGGCACGCUCGCCUGCUGGGCCUCCAACAGCGUCGGCCGCCAGGACCGCCCCUGCCUCUUCCACAUCGUCCACGGUCGCACGCCGCAGCCGCCAGAGCAGUGCAGCGUCCGCAAUGACUCGGCGGGCGUCAGCUUCGGCGCCGGCAGCCGAAUGGCCGUCGUCCGCGGCGGCGAGGCGCCGGCGGCUUCUCUGGAGGUGUGGUGCUCGCCCGGCGACGACGGCGACCUGGCGCAGCACUUCGUGCUGGAGGUGCGGCCGCUGGACGAGUCCGGGGAGUCGCGCGUGACGGAGCCGGGCGCGAUGAGCGACCAGGCGGCCCCCGGCGGCGCGCCGCUGCAGCUGGUGCGCGGCGCCAGCCCGCGCUUCACGGUGUCGGGGCUGCGGCCGGGCCGCUACCAGCUGGCCGUCUUCGCCGAGAACCGCCUCGGCCGUUCGCACCCACCCGUCCUGCUCUCCAGCGUCGCCGCCGGGGAGGGCACCCAUCCUCUCGCUGGAGACGGUAGCGGCGCGAGCAGCGGCCGCCGCGGCGGGGCUUCCCCGGCGCCGCAGGGCCAGCAGCCGAUGGCGGCGGUGCUGGCAGUGCUGGGCGGCGCGGCGGGUCUCGUGCUGGUCGGCGUCUUCGCGACGGCCGCCUUCGUCAUCUGCCGGCGCCGGCGGCUGCGGCGGCGCCUGCCCAAGGCGGGGCCGGGCGCGCCCUCGGCCAGCGGCUCCGUGGCCGGCGUCCGCGUGCGUUUCAGCGCCGACACGCACGGCGGCGAGGGCCGCAUGUCGCUCGAACCAGAUCUGAUCGUGCAGUCACCUCAGGAUGACCCAGUACCCCGCUGAUCAUUCUGGCCGCCGCCUUGCCAAGAUCGAAUGCCGUCGCCACUUGCUAUAAGAAACUACCUCUUCGUCUAGUCGCCAAGCAGACUGCGCCCAAGGGAGCGCAGUAUUUCCAGUUGUUUCCGGCGUAUUGAAGAGGGGUGGACGCUGCGAUAGAUCUUGUCUCUGGGAAGAAAUGUCCAUUUGGCAGUGCUGAAGACUGUACACUGAGAUUUCUGUGGAUCAUGAGACAAACUUCGAGAUGAAGAUAUGUGUUCCUACGUUAACGUGCAUUUUUUGUGUGAGUACAACUAAAGGUUACGUGAAAGUCGGUCACGCUAGUAAUGUAAGCCUUCCUGAAAGACGUUGAACGCUGCAAGUGCCCACCGCCAUUUCAAGGAGAGAACUGACACAUUAUCGCCAAAUGUACAAAGUAUGUGUUUGUAGAUGUAUUUGAUGUACAGUAUUAAAACUGAAAUAACGGUUUCAAGUUUACUAGAAAACCAUUUAGUACAACCCAAAAUAUUUUAUAAUUUUUUAAAUAUAAAUUUAAAAAUGAAGAGACGUGUUAAUUGCAUAAUUCUAAGAAGAAAUAUGCUCGCAGGCCGACGGAGAUAAGAUGGUACUAAAUUCAGCCUUGAGGCUGUGCAGAUGGUUUCUCUGUUUUUUAAUUGCGAUAGACGAGGUCUCAAUUUGUUGGUAAUCUUAGAAAACCAGAUUUAUUAAAAACAAGUACUAUUCUUCAUAUGUGAAAAAUUACUGGAGUUAUUUAAAAUAUAUCGAAAUUUUAUAACAGUUCACUGACAUACAUUUAAUAAUGAAAUGUAGUUGGGUAAAACAUACUUGCUGUUUAUGUGUGAUUUGUAUUAUUUACGGCACAAGUUAUUGUAUGUAAUAUGAUUAUCCACAAAGAAAUGCGUCACAUGUGAGCAAUGUAUAAUGUAAUAAUGUACUUUUUUAAUAAAAAAUAAAUGAAUCGUUGCAGA